AUGAUGAAGCUUAGCCUCCUGGUGCUUGCCAUGGUGGCUGAUGCAGCCAAGGUGAGGACCGGGCUGCAGCUCUCCGCGGAGGAGGGCGAAGACCCAUGCCCUAAGGGCUUAACCAAUCGGUUCCCCGACUCCCUACCGAAGAAGAUCGUGAUGGUGGACGACGAGAACGGUGGGAAGGCCAUGAAUCCCAUGGAUUCGGUCUUUGAUUUGGAAAAGCUUCGGGCUGCGUUGAAGGAGGACCCGGAGUGGAAAAUCGGGAUGCCUUGGCUCUUGAAGGCAACCUUCACCUCAGACAGCCAGGUGCCUCGAACCUUUGGCUUUGCCUCGGGGGACACAGGAGACGGUUUCUUGAAGAUCACAGUGCCAGCUGGUGCUCAAGAGGUCGACAUUCAGGCCACAGAUACUGUGGAGAUUUCCGGCGACGAUGUAGAGUUUCAGUACAAACAUCCAGCCUUGUGGACUUCUGGAAAGAUUGUGAUGUCCAACAUUUGCUUGGCCCCGCGGUCCUGCGACAACUUUGAAUGCCCAUCGCCCGCGAUGAAGAAGAAGGGCACGGGCGUUUUCGGCUUCUCAGCAACCCGCUGCUGUGAAAUGAGGAUGUGUGCGGACCUGGACAAUGUGUGUAUGCCUGAGAGCAUGUACACCAAGGCUGCCAACUUCAGUGAGAAGAAAGGCCAUGACAACUCCACGUGCUGCAGCCCAAAGUACUGCCCGACUGACCUUUGCAAAGAUGACACCAAGUGGAUCAGCAAGGGUGAUGUGGUGCUUGGUAGCACCAAGGAGGAAUGCUGCGAACGUUUGGAGUGUGCCAGCUACACUUGCUCCAACCCGGCUUUGAUGACCAAGAGCCCCAACUACAACGAGGACGGCACACCUCGCUACGGCAGCACUGACGAUGAAUGCUGCGCUGGCAAGUACUGCAAGGGCUUUGAUUGCCAGCCCAGCACGGACUUCGGAUUGCGGGCGGGCGCGGCCAACAUCUUGGGCAACAGCCGGGACGUGUGCUGCGACGUGAAGAAGUGUGACACCUUUGAGUGCCCCAACAACACCAUGUGGAAGCCCAACCCAGCAGCGGUCGUAGGCAGUACCAUGGAGCAGUGCUGCACCAAGAUUCUUUGCUCCAGCUACACCUGCAGUAAAGACUCCUUGCAGAAGAAGCCUGGAGAGGCAAAGUUGCAGGGCAGCACGGAUGAGGAAUGCUGCGAGACCAAGUUCUGCUCCUCCUGGCAGUGCAGCGAUCCCAGCAAGUGGGUGCAUCUCUCCAACCAGCAUGGCAAGACCAAUCUGGACCGCCGAGGAUUCUCAGAUGAGGAAUGCUGCGACAAGAGGUCCAACCGCCGAUCCCACCGUCGCCCAACAGCCACCGGCAUCGACGCGUUUGGUUUUGCCUGCUGGAAACCUGUGAUCCGGCCACCCAGUGGAAGGCCAAGGAAGACCUCGAGACCAUUCAGGGCAGCACCAAAGAGCAAUGCUGCGAGAAGAUCUAUUGUGACUGGGCCGCUAAGUGGGUGA